UCUAAGGAGCGCUAGUGACACCGGCGAGGCAGCGUGUUGUAUUUUUCGGAGCAUUUCGAGGGCUCAAUGAAAUAAAAAUUGAACCAAUUCACUGAUCACCCGAGAGAGCAAAUCAAUAAAGGAAUGGAUUCGAUUCAAGCUGGUGCACUGUCUGGGGCUGACAGGGAAGAGUUCAUGCAAGAGGUCAAGCAGCAGAUCGCCGUCGCCAAUGCCCAGGAGUUGCUCACGAAAAUCACUGAGAAGUGCUUCAAGAAGUGUGUCACCAAGCCUGGGACUUCCUUGGACAACUCUGAACAGAAAUGCGUUGCAAUGUGUAUGGACCGAUAUAUGGAUGCAUUUAACGUCGUCUCGAGGGCAUACAGCCAAAGAUUACAGAGGGAACGUAAUCGAAUGUAAAUAGAGAGAAUUAUUGCCUAAUAAAUGUACUGGAGUUGAGAGGGGGAUAUUGUUUACUCUGGAGUUUGAAUAAAAAAUGUUGAAUUGUAAAAACACUAACUCUACCACUGCCUAAACACGCAUUACUGCCAUAUUAGUGCAAUUUAUUAUUUACUUUUUCCAUUGAGAUCUGAAUGGUUGUGCAGACUCGAAUAAAUGACGUGAAAAAUCUUCAAA